UUUUAGAAAGUAGAUUGUGAUUGGUCGGAGAACGUGCAUCACCAUCAUCGACAGCGUGUCUGGAGUGUGGAGUGUAGAAUUAUUGUAAAUUUUGUAAAAUUUUAUCGUUUCUUAUAUAUUUUUUUAAUCUUAGUAACAAAUUGUUUCUUAUUAUAUUAUAACUAACUUGUACAAUUAUGGAUCUUUCCUGUUAAAUACAUUCUAUUUAUAGAAUCGCGACUUCAACAUUUUCAUCAGAGUUGAAAAUAUUAGGCUUGUCCUGUCCUUACUAUUCUAGGACGAGAAUAAUACUCUAGAUAAUAAUAUAAUGAGUGACGACGAUAGAGAUAUUGAUAUUGAAAGUGCGGAAAAACGGGCACAUCACAAUGCUUUGGAACGGAAAAGACGAGACCACAUUAAAGAUAGUUUUAGCAGUUUGCGAGAUUCCGUACCGGCUCUCCAAGGAGAGAAAGUGGAUAAUUCGAUUGAUGAGGGUAGAAGUACAAGCAGAAAUAAUCAUUUCCAGGCCAGCCGAGCGCAGAUUCUGAAGAAAGCCGCCGAUUACAUACAGUUUAUGAGACGGAAAAAUUCGGCUCACCAGCAGGACAUUGAUGACUUACGGAGGCAAAACUCACUUCUUGAAUCUCAAAUUCGCACAUUGGAAAAAUCAAAACCUAAUGGAAACUUUGCAGCUGAUCCGAAUGAUUUAGGGUUGGAGAGUGGCUACCCUCAUGAAUCAGGGUCGGACACUUCAGAUUCGGACACUAGAUCUGCUAGGAAGACGAAAAAGUUGAAAGUGAGCAGUGGCCUGUGAUGGGAAUGGACGCUACCUUUGAGAAUGUGCUGGUGUUGUGGCUAUGGCGGUCCCUUCCAUAAUCGCACAACCAUGUCCCUCGUUCAACUUGUCUUCUGAGAACUUGAAAGUAUUACUGUCUCCUUUGUUAAAACCACAAAUCCUGUGACGUAUGAAGAGUUGAAUGUUGUAUGUGUGAAAUUUAUCAAUCAGGGCCAGUACCCUGUUUAAUGAUUAGACACUUUCUAUUGAAAUGUACUCUAGCUGAUGAGUUAUUCUAAAGGUGCGUACAUGAGCAAUUCACUUUUAAUCAGCUGACUAUGUUCGUAGCGGUAAGAUACAGAUAUAAAAAGCUUGGCAUCAGCUGAUUAAAAGUGAAUUGCUCAUGUUCGCGGCGCGUAAAUCUGUACGCACCUUUACUUUUACAAUUUAGUAUCUUGAAUCGAUAUCGUGUAUUUUCAAACAAAUGAUUUCGCUACUGGUUACCUUCCUACAAAUUCAAUGAAGCAAGGUGGCUCUCGUUUUGACUUACAGAGUGAUUCAAAAUGAAUGUCCAGAUUUCAAACAAUUUUUAAAGAAUUGACUUUUCUCUUUAGGGCUACUUAUGAAUAUAAAUAAAAAUAUAAAUCUGAGUACCCUUUUUAAAUUAUUUAGUCAUGACAAGUUUCGGCUUUAUAAUGACAUUAUCAAGUUGACUUGAAGUCAUGAUGAUAAUUGCAUUAUAUAGCCGAAAAAUGUCGUUACUAAAUAAUUUUAAAAAGGGUACUGAGAUUUCUAUUUUUAUUUAAAUUUUUAAUGAACUAUGCACACAAUCCAAUUUUAUAUCAAACUAAUCACAGAUGCAUGACGUUUAUGAUGGUGUAAUGUUCUAUGUGCCCUCCUAUUGAGGCUCGGACGACAUCUACAAAAAAUUAGAUAUGGAAUUGGUAUGUGUGCAUCGUUUUGUGAAAGAAAUAUAAUUGUUUGAAAUUGUACAUUCAUUUUUAAUCACUCUGAACUUUUUAUUAUCAAUGAUUUUAUUUAUGGUAUGAAUGGAUUUUAAUUGUCAGCACUAAACUUAUAAAUGUUGUAAUAAAUUUAUUUGUGUUAA